UGUUUCCGGAUUUUUUAACCGCGAUUACUUGAAUACCUUAAUGACCGGCAUUAAUGGUUUAUCGAUCGAUUGGGUGGUGGGAAAAAUUAAUGAUGACAACUCAAAUGAUGUGCACCUGGUACGAUAAAAAAAAUUAGCCGAUAACGCGCUAUCUCAGCGAUUCCCUGUAUGUCUCUGUCCUCGGUAUGAAAUAGUUAGUGUCGUGCGAUACUCGCGAGUGUCAUUACAACCAAAGUGCAACGCUGGCUGCUCGCCAUAAAUUUCAAUCCCCGAAAAUGAAAAAUUGACAGAAUAAAUUGACACCCAGCGAGGAGAGUGCGGUGAAUACAUUUUAGAAAGACACACACAUCUUUUUAUCGACGUGAAAUUUUCGUGUGGAAAAACCAGUGGCAUGCCGAAGUGCGUACGUUUACGUAAUUACAUGAAUCUAUCAUGAAAUUGAAAAGUGAUUAAAUGACGUGCAAUGUGAAGUGCUUAAUCGAGAAUCCAUUGGGCAUUAAUUCCCAUUUGGAAACUAUUCAAUCGGUUGACACUUCCAGGGAUGAUUAAUCACCCAAAAAUUAUUGGAAUCGUAAAAAUUCGACGGUGAAAUUUGAAUUCGGGAGUGAUAGGUUUCGAGGAAUUCCACAUCUGGGCAAACAAGGUACACGUGGAUUUAUCAGGGAAUUAGCGGAUUACUGAGGUUUGUGGAGGUGGGGAGUGAAGUAUCGGUGUUGGAAAUUCAAUUAUAAAUGACAUCAUAAGUAUUUUUUCCAAAAUGACGUUAAACAGGGAUGCAAGGAAGAAGAAAAGUGAGAGCAAAGUGAAUAUGAAGAGCGAGAGGAGUAAAACUAUUAUAGAUAAGACUGAUACAUCUAUAUCGAAAGUGGAAGAGGUCCGUGAUGAUCUGCCACUGCAGAGGAAGCCCUCGUUGAGGAAAAAAAUUGGUGCCUUUGUUAGGGGAAAUGCUGACUUACCGGCGGUGAUAAGUCGGGGACUGCAACCGAUACGAAGGAGUUUGAGUUUUAGCAAUUCGCUGAAUCGCUGUCACGAGAAAAAGCCCCACAGAGCAAGAAGCGCCCAGUGGUACAACAGUUUAGGAUCACUUGCCGAAGAUGACUCUAAGGAUGAGGAUAACGAAACUGAGAGCAUUUAUGAUGAGCUCGUCAGCACACGGAAUCCAGUUAUUACUAGAGCCCUGAGUUUCGUGGAGAAUCCUUCAGAGACUGUCAAGAGAAGAACCAAUCCAAAUGUUGAGAGCCCAUACGGGAGACACAGUGUGCACUAUGAUUCCUCCAUAGAUUUCAGUGAACCGCCUUUUGAGGCGAGCAGUCUUCCAGUCCUGACACAUACAACCAUUGACGAAGAUGAGACUGAUUCCACGCGGGUUUGUAGAAGGGAGAAACGGGGUUGGCGGGAAUGGAGUAUCCUGAGAGCCAGUGCGAGAAAUUCCCUUCUUCGGUUGGGCACGUACACCUCCAAAGAGCGUCCAAACUGUUCGGUUCGCUCAAGAUCCUUGAGCCAACUUGACAUGCUGGACGCCGAUGAACAUCCGCUACCAGGCGGUGGCACCCAUCAACCACCCCAGCUAUCUCACAAUCGUCAUCAGCAUUCCCAUCAUCAUCAACUGUAUUCACCAAAUCCCGUGGACUGCAGUCCACGUCUCCUCGUACCAAGUGCAACAUCCAUCACCGAUUCAUCCCACACAUCCUCCCGAAAUCGGCACAAACUCUCUCGCUCCCAGGUAUCCAGCAGCGAAUAUUUCAGUGUCAGUUUCGAAGUUGGUGAUGAAUCCGGUUCGUUGGAGCGGGAAGAGUUCCUACCGGCUACAAAGGGACAGUAUUUGGUAGAGAUACUUGGAACUUCCUGUGAACGUCGUGGUCUUGAUCUAUCGAAAGUCGACGUCUACCUGGAUGCUUUCUCAACGCCUCUGCCAAUUUUAACUACCGAAACUUCGUGCUUGGCUGGAAGACAUCUACGAGUAACUGGCAAGGAUGAAAAAACGGCUUCACGCACUUCAAGCCAGAAGAGCAGUCAGAAUGUGUCGUUACGGAAGAGUGGAAGUUAUCGCGGUAGAAGUGGACGUUUCUUCAGUGUCUCAACGGAAGAAUCGAGUAUGGAUUCAGAAAUGGGACCAUCAGUAUCACUGGUUGCUGCCAAGACUCCUGCUGGGGCUGCUGGAAUCAAAGCCAGCAAACAACGCUGGAGUGGUUUUUUCACAAAUACCAAAGGAACAAGAAUGGAAUUGCUCGUUGAACAGCUCAAUAGUUACACACAGCACGGUGUACCCUGUCUUCCAGAGAUACAACUGCCUUACGAUCACGUAUCCAACGAAGAAGAAUUGUACACACUCGAAGAGGAUUGGCGAGACUUUGUCGACAAUUGGGAGCGUUUAAGUGAAAAACAGCAGCAACAACAGACGGCACUUUGGGAGCUAGCGCAAACGGAAAUUGCUUACAUAAGAACUCUCAAAGUAGUAACAGACUUGUUCAUGGCGUGCCUCUGCAGCCUGCAGGCGUCCAAUAUACUGAACGAAGUUGAUAGGAAAAAGUUAUUCAGCAAUAUACCGGACAUUUAUGCGGCAAAUCGCUACUUCUGGACUGAUCAUCUACUGGGUAUGGUGAAUGCAGCAAGGAGUUCGGGAAGGUCACUGGAUCCCGGACACCUUCUGCACGGAUUUGAAACGUUUGAGCAGACAUUCGCACCCUACACCAGAUAUUGCUCAGAGCAGAGUAAAUGUCAACAAUAUUGCAGAGAUCGGCUGAAUGACAGCGAACUAUUUACAGCUUAUUUAGUGUGGUGCGAAACCCAAAAAGAGUGCAAUCGCCUACGCCUCCUCGACAUCCUGGUGAAACCCAUGCAGAGGCUAACGAAGUACUCUCUGCUGCUCAAAGCGGUCCAUAAGAACACCGAGGAUGAGGACCAGCGGAGAGAAUUAAUUCUCAUGAUAAAAUGCGUGGAUAAUUUUGUUGCCUCGGUUAAUGCGGCAUUACGGAGAACCGAGGAAACAGCUCGGCUAGUCAGUGCAGCCACUCGACUCGAGUGUUAUGACGUGGUAGAGUCCAGGGACGAGGAGCUAGAAAAAUUGAUAAAGCACCACAGUAAUCUUGAUAUAACAACAGCUCCAAUGCCCGGUUGCCCGAAGGACGCAUUAAGAACAUUACUGCGUGAAGGGGAUUUGAAAUUGCGCGAUGCAGCUACUAGCAAGACGGAGGUGCAUGUUCUGCUUCUGACAGACAUGCUUCUACUUUGUAAGCCAUCAACGAAAAAAGCUUCGGCAAGCAGUGGCUCAGGGGGAACUGUUGGCGCUUUAAAAGUCAUCAGACAACCAUAUGUCGUUGAUCGUAUACGUAUCUACGAGUUGAAGGAGUCCUCGAGCUUGGGGCUGGUGUAUUUGAAUGAGUAUGGGGUAGCAUCGGCAGCUUUGGUGCUUACUGCCAGUGAACCUAAGCUAGCUAAGUCGUGGAUGGAGUCCUUGAGGAAGGCACAGCAGCAAUUUGUGACGAUGAAGCUGCGACCCGUGGGUGAAGUGCCUACCGUGGGGACUGUAAGCAGACAAGCAAGCACCUAUUUGGGUGAUGGUGACUAUGACAUUGAGGACUGUGACGUUUUACCGAGGACACCCCGUGGGAGUAGUAGAGCAUCGCGAGUAAGCAGUCUCGCCCACAGUCACAGUGACUUUGAUGGUUUAUUCAGUGGUAGUAUGGAGAUGGAGGGGGUAUCACCCGGUGGUUCUAGCUUUCUACCGAGUUACAACGCAAGCAGAAAUGUUAGUGUCGAUGCUGAACCUAGAGCUUCUAGCGUAUCUUCGGAGGAGGGUACGGAAGUCGGUUUGGGACAUAAUCAUCGACCGUUGCAAAUCAGUAAUUACAGACGAUCUCUACUGAGUAAAUCGCCAACUCCAAACACAUUGAGCGUUCAAGUGCCAGCGUAUUCUUGUCUUGGGCAAUCUUUACCGAAUCUGACACUAGCAACAUCACCGCAAACAUCAACGGUCUCGCCUACGCCACCAAAUUCCCUUCUGAUUGUACCACAAAUAACGAAGAGCAAGGAUACGCUAUUAUCGCCAGGCCAUCGAGGAAUUUCCUAUCCACCUCCAUCACCACCGAGAGGUGCCCUGAGACGUACAUUUGCUGUACCACAAUCGCGAAAUCCACCACUGAUAAAAACACGACACAUCAAUGCAUCGGUAGCACAGGGGACUAUUCAAUCGACAAUGAGUCUGGAUACAGAAGCUAUCGAGGAACGACGGAGACGACUGGAAUUGGUGACACGCAGUCCCUCAAUUACCAGCACGGUCAAAGAAUCCAGAGGGAACGAGGAAAAUCGAUGAAACUCGUUUUCUCCUCGAUCAGAGGGAUUAUUGAAAUUGAAUUGAUAAUGGAAAAAGGGCAACCACCCGCACCUUUGUUCCCGUCCUGACAUUAUGAUGGGACGCGGAUUUUUUUUUUGUUGAAAAUGUUCUUGUAUUGCGUGCAAUUGCUGCACACAUUUGCACGCAACUACAGGCAUUUCCAGAAACAUUUUACAGAAAUUGAUACGAAAAAGUGGAGAAAAAAAAAUUUGGAGAGUAUCAAAUUGUUUUGUAUGACAUGAGUCGCAAUCCUUCGAAUGCUGGCACAUGUUUUCACAAUCGAUAGGGGCCAUUUGAAUUUCAACAUAACAUUUUUCCGACCACUGUUUGAUAGAUUACUGUACUCUAGCGACAUAAUAACGUAUUUUACGCCACUCGUUUUUAAUUCUGUUUGUUGACGCACUCUGAAGAGAAAAAAAAAUGUGUAAUUGCGUCUCUACACAAAAUUGAGUGUCUUGGGGGUUGGUUUUUAGAUGUUUAAGCAAAAUAAAAAUGGGCCUACCUAGGAUUAAUUUUAAUGACUAAUAAUUAACUGUAUGUUAGAAAACUUCAGUAAUAAGCGUUGAUGAAAAUAAUUUACGUAAAGGUAGAUAAUGACGUUUCGGCUUUUAGGGACGACGGUGACUGUUAGCUAUCGAAUCAACUUUAAGUAGUAAUAAUCAUAAGUUUUAAGUACAAAUUCUCGUCGUUUCAAUGACUGAAUGAGGGAGACAACACUUGAGCGGUACAUAAGACAAAUUAAUAGAUAUAUCUUGAAAUAGGACAGAGAGUUAUCUUUUCUCAUCACAAUUUUUUAAAAUAAGAGAAAUCUUGAAUUAAUUUUUUUGCUCCUUGCUGCUUGCAUCAAGCUCUACAGAAAUCUAACGAUACCAAAAUAUAGAUUAUAAGACACAAUAAGGCCUAAUUAUGUAAAUUAAGACUAUGGAAAAACAAUAAAUGAAAAUGCAUUAUUUAUAAUUAAA